GCAUUUUUUUUACAGGCCUAGUGUCUUCUUACGCUGUAGGGAAAAGAUAAGAUACUGUGGUACAAUAGAAGCAGGUAUGGAAACCAAGAGCCUGAUAUUUCCCUUCUUUCAUAUUAGCAGUCACCUUGGCUUCCAUGGUAGCAUAAAAAAUUCAGUGAAUGACUUUGUGGUGACAGAGAUAAGUUUAUCUGGCCAGCUUGUAAGCGAGACGAAGCUUGACAACUUGCAAAAUCAAGGCGAACCUGUUGCUGAAAAGAGUUUGCCAGUUGUGAAAAAAAGGAAAUCAGAUAAUGAGCAGCAACGAUCUGAAAAUGCUUCAGAAAAUAAUUAUUCCAAUUUAAGAACAGCUGUAGAAUCUUUCCAGACAGUGGAAGAUUGUGGUUUGCUUGACCAGUUGGAGGUAAACAGCAGCUCUGACCUUAUUGAAGAAUGUGAUCUAGACAGUGUUUUAGCUCAAUCAGUAAUUGAUGCAUUGGAACAGUUUGCUUACAGCAUGAAGACUGAACAAGAUUGUGAACCGUCUCCUGUGGAAGCUCAGACAGGUUUUUUACUCGGAUCAUUUCCCAGUAAAGACCAUAGAGCCAGAAUACACCAUGCUUUAAGGAAGAGAUACCCCUUUCUAAUGACCAUCACAAAUGGUGGAGAAAUGACUGUCAAACUGAAUCCUCUUCACAAACAGCUUUGUAAGUUUGUAACUGAACAUGAAGCAGAUGACUUUUUCAGAUUUCUUGAUGCAAAAAUCAAUAACUCUGCAUUUUCCUUCAGAUCUGUUGGGGACAAAGAACAUAGAAAAAACGUCCAUCAUUUUAUAUGUAAAAACUUUGGAAAACUGGUGGAAGCAAAAACUUUUUCUGAGGUAAGCAGUGUUGGUGAACGAAGUGCAGCUAUCACAGUCAGAUUUAAGGGGAGGUGUGCCUCUUCAAAGAAGCGAAACACUGCUGAGUUUCAGGAUGAUAAAAAUAUAUAUACAGCUUUCACUUUGCAAAAAGAAAACAUGGAAACUCUAGAAGCAAUAACUUACUUGGCUACAAAACUGGAUGUGCUUCCAUCAGACUUCAGUUAUGCAGGAAUAAAAGAUAAAAAAGCUGUUACAUUCCAAACCAUGGUUGUGAAAAAGGUGGCACCGAAAAGGUUGAAAGAUGUUGAAGCUGUUUUAGAGUCAAAGGGGCUGAAAGUGUUUCAUAUACAUCCAGUAAAACAACACCUCAGGCUUGGUCAGCUGAAGGGAAAUCACUUUGACAUUAUGGUGAGAAAUCUGAAAGUACAGAGUCAAGGUUCUUUUGAAGAUCUUGAACAAGCUGUGUCUGAAGCAUUUGAGAGUGCAAAGGUCAAAGGAUUUGUGAACUACUAUGGGCCUCAACGCUUUGGACAAGGGCAAUAUGUUCAAGCAGAUCAAAUUGGUCUGGCAUUGCUAAAGGGGGAUAUGGUAAAAGCAGUGAAGUUGUUUUUUACACCAGAGGAUGUAGAUGAUCCUGUAAAUAAGGCAAAGAAACAUUUUCUUCAGACAGCGGAUGCUAAAGGAACUCUUGCAGUAAUGCCAGAAUUUAAAGUUCGAGAAAGAAUGAUACUUCGUGCAUUAAACAGAUAUGGCAUGGACAAAGAUGGCUGUACCAGAGCAUGGUUUAGCAUUCCUCAUUCCAUGCGUAUUUUUUACGUCCAUGCUUACUGCAGCAAGGUUUGGAAUCAGGCAGCGUCCUAUAGAUUUGAGACAUAUGGACAGAAAGUUGUAGAGGGUGACUUGGUUAUACUUGAAUCAGAUGCAGAGAAAGAAGCUCCUGUGAUUCAUGUAGUAACGGCAGAGGAGGAGGCUUCUGCUGCAUAUCCCUUACACCAGGUUGUUCUUCCCAUGCCUGGCAAAUCUAUUUCUUAUCCAUGUAAUAAAGUGGGACAGUGGUACGAAGAAACUCUCACCAAGAGUGGGCUGUCGGCAUGCUCAUUUCGAAUUCCAGAACUACAGCUGAAUAUACCUGGGUGUUAUCGACAGAUUGUUGCUUAUCCGCAAAACCUUACUUACCAUUUUAUAGAGGACCCUGAAUCAUGUAUGAAUGAUAGUAUUAACGAGCAGCGUAUUGAUGAAACCUUUAAAGCAGUUUCAUCUAACGUGUCACUUUCUUUGUCUUUUGACCUUGACCGUUCUUGCUAUGCAACUGUAUUUCUCCAAGAAUUAAUGAAGUGUGAGCAUUAAAAUUAAGUUUUUAAUGUUUUAUA